UAUUAAUAUAUACAUAUUAAAGAAAGAGAGGGGAAAGAUCUUUGGCUGGAGGGAAAGAAAAGCAGGAAGAAAAGGCACCAGAAAGAAGAGCGCGCGGGAGGCAGCAAACUUGCCGCUCUCUUGUCACUGGAAAAUGACACUUGAGGUAGCCAAGGGCGCCGCCGCCGCCGCCGCCGCCGCAAAAGCCGCCGCCGCCGCUCCAGUCGAUCCUAUUGUUUCUUAAACUGCCUUCUUUCUCCAGCGAUCCCAAAGAGGGUGACUUCGGCGCGGAACGGGGACGGCGCCUUCGUUCUCCGGCUUCUGGCGCGAUCCCGGCCAGCGAACAAACGAUCGUCAUCGUCAUCAUCAUCAUUUUUUUAAAAAUAUUAUUGUUGUUAUUCUUCUUCUCCAAAGGCCACUCCGCCACUCAGCCUCGACAAGAACCAGCUCGCCACCAGCCAAGCCAAGAGCAUCCGCGGCCAACCCGGGGGAGGGCGAUUUCGGUCCCCCUCUGGAUUCUCGCUCGUUUUGUUUUUCCUCCCCCGCUGCUGCUGCUUCUCCCUUUCAAUGUCUGUGUUUGAUUUUCUCUGAUUUGCUUUGAUUCCAGCAGCGGUUCCAGAGAAAAAGAAAGAAAGCAAAGCAAAGAGCGAGAAAGAGAGAGAGAGAGAGAGAAAGCAAGAUUAUAAAAAAAAACACUCCCUGGCGAUUUAUUAUCAUCAACACUAUUCUUUGUUGUUGUGUUUUGUAUUGUUGUCGUUCUCUCUCUCUUAGAUCUAUAAUAUUAUUAGUAUUUUUUAAGAAGAAGGCAGGGUCCUGGUUGCUUUUAAUUCAUGUUUGGGAUCCAGGAAAGCAUUCAGCGGAGUGGGAGCAGCAUGAAGGAAGAGCCCCUCGGCGCGGGCAUGAACGCGGUCAGGACCUGGAUGCAGGGCGCCGGCGUCCUGGAUGCAAACACGGCCGCGCAGAGCGGGGUGGGCCUGGCCCGGGCACAUUUCGAGAAGCAGCCGCCUUCCAACUUGAGGAAAUCGAACUUCUUCCACUUCGUGCUGGCUCUGUACGACCGGCAGGGGCAGCCGGUGGAGAUCGAGCGCACCGCCUUCGUGGGCUUCGUGGAGAAGGAGAAAGAAGCCAACAGCGAAAAGACGAACAACGGGAUCCAUUACCGACUGCAGCUCCUCUACAGCAAUGGGAUCAGAACAGAACAAGAUUUUUAUGUCCGCUUAAUCGACUCCAUGACAAAACAAGCGAUAGUGUACGAAGGCCAAGACAAGAACCCAGAAAUGUGCAGAGUUCUGCUCACCCAUGAAAUAAUGUGCAGCCGCUGUUGUGACAAGAAAAGCUGCGGCAACAGAAAUGAGACUCCUUCAGAUCCAGUGAUAAUUGACAGGUUCUUCUUGAAAUUUUUUCUUAAAUGUAACCAGAACUGCCUAAAAAAUGCAGGAAACCCUCGAGACAUGCGAAGAUUUCAGGUUGUGGUAUCUACAACAGUCAAUGUGGAUGGUCAUGUCUUGGCAGUGUCGGAUAACAUGUUUGUGCACAACAACUCCAAACAUGGUCGAAGGGCUCGAAGGCUUGAUCCUUCGGAAGGUACGCCUUCUUAUCUGGAACAUGCAGCUACACCAUGUAUCAAAGCCAUCAGUCCAAGUGAAGGAUGGACAACAGGAGGUGCUACUGUCAUCAUCAUAGGAGACAAUUUCUUUGAUGGGUUACAGGUCAUAUUCGGCACCAUGCUGGUCUGGAGUGAGCUUAUUACGCCUCAUGCAAUCAGAGUUCAGACACCACCCCGACACAUCCCAGGUGUGGUAGAAGUUACAUUGUCCUACAAGUCCAAGCAGUUCUGUAAGGGCACACCUGGAAGAUUCAUCUACACAGCUCUGAAUGAACCCACCAUUGACUAUGGUUUCCAAAGGUUACAGAAAGUCAUCCCAAGGCACCCCGGUGACCCUGAACGCUUGCCAAAGGAAGUAAUACUCAAGAGGGCAGCCGAUCUGGUGGAAGCACUCUAUGGUAUGCCACAUAACAACCAGGAAAUAAUCCUGAAAAGAGCAGCUGAUAUUGCAGAAGCUCUCUACAGCGUCCCUCGCAAUCACAACCAACUCCCAGCGCUCGCCAACACUUCGGUCCACGCAGGAAUGAUGGGCGUGAACUCCUUUAGUGGUCAGUUAGCAGUCAAUGUCUCAGAAGCAUCACAGGCCACUAAUCAGGGUUUUACACGCAACUCAAGCAGUGUGUCACCUCAUGGUUACGUGCCAAGCACUACCCCUCAGCAGACAAACUACAAUUCCGUCACGACAAGCAUGAAUGGCUACGGAAAUGCUGGAAUGUCCAAUUUAGGUGGAUCUCCAACCUUCCUGAAUGGGUCUGCUGCCAACUCUCCCUAUGCCAUCGUGCCAUCCAGCCCAACAAUGGCCUCCUCCACUAGUCUCCCUUCUAACUGUAGCAGCUCCUCCGGGAUCUUCUCCUUCUCACCAGCCAACAUGGUCUCAGCAGUGAAACAGAAGAGUGCUUUUGCUCCUGUUGUUAGACCGCAGACUUCCCCUCCCCCCACCUGUACCAGCACCAAUGGGAAUAGCCUGCAAGACCAGUCUUUUGUGGACUCUAGCAAGUACUCCACUGCAGGGUCUCUCCAGGGUCUGGCCUUCUCUUGAACUAUAUCUGGCAUGAUAGUUCCCCCCAUGUGAAAGGAUUGCCUUGAAGAAUUUUACUAAUGAAGAACUUGGAUUCUGCUUCAGAACAAAGUCUGACACAAGUCCCAGAGCGGAACUUUUAACUCAGGCCUCUCUCUCUCUCUCUCUUUUUUCCUUAUUAAGGAAAAAAGGAAGAAUCUCACAAUAAUUGCAAUGUUUUUAACAAAAUAAAAUGGUGGGGGGAAAACCGUCCUUGCAAAAUAAUACUGAAACUUACUCGGAGCCUGCAAGUGGAAGGUAUUAAUUUGUGCUGUCUAUCCUAGGUUUUGGGGGAGAGAUUUAUUUUGUGUCAUGAAGAAAAAUCCACUUGUGUCUUCUUAGUUUUCGAUUAACUCAGUCACUAUUUGUCUUUUACAAAUCAUAAUGGGAGAAGGGGUGCCAUCACUAGGGACUCUUUUCUAAAAGGUGUAAUGAAGGGAAAUAAAGUGGCAACACUUUUUAAAAAAAACAAGUUUGUGUGGAACAGAAGUAGAAGUGCCAGAUAGGGGUGGUGGGGUUUUCUUUCCUUAGAAGAGUAAUGGCAGUGCCAGUUAAGGGUUGGCUUGUUUGUGUUACUCCUCCAGUGAGAGUUCACUCAUCUGAUGUUUUGCAUUCUUGGGAUGUGUGUGUGUAGUUCUGUGGGGUAUGUAUACACACAUGUGCAUAAUGCACACAUAAAUGCACACACGCUUACCACAUUAGGAUUCCAUUUUAGAGGCAGUGAGAAAUUUUUUUGGGGGAGGGGGGCAUCUUUCUUAGAAUAUUGUACUUAGGUGACUAUGUAAAUAAUGCAAGACAGAAAAAUUAGCAAAAGUGUAGCUAAGGACAUGCAUAUCCCACCUUUUACCUUGGAAAACCCAGUGCCUCUGGAUAUAAUGCUAAAAACUGCAGAAUUAGAUUAGCAUGGCCCUCUCUCUCUCUGUCUUUAGCUUAUAUCAAACUUUUCCAAAUGAGUGGCCUCUUUAAGUACAGUUUAACCCUGUCUACACAUACAAAUCCCUUUGGGAAUCUGGUGUGGCAGGACAAAGGCACAAACGUGAGCCACUUCAUUACAUUUCUGCAUAUUCUCAACGGAAAUAUUUUCCCUAGCUUACUUACAUGGGGUUUUUGGUUUUGUUUGUUGGGGCCAGGGGCAGAAGACAACUUCAUCCUGCCAUCCCAGAGAUGGCCCAGAAGCACACAUGCACACAAAACGACAUGUCCAUAUCAGGCUGCGAUUGCUUUUAUAUCAGUCAACCCUUUCGGUUUGCAACAUACUCUCUUAAGCAACAGGUAGUGGCAUUUUUUUUUAUAUACAUAGAAAAUUAAAAUAUGAAAAAGGGAGGAGACAGAGUGUUAUGUGAAGGUUUGCAAAGUAGACCCUCACAUGAAUUUAGCUCUCAUUAUGUAGGGAGCGUACUUAGUUGACGGUGCAGAAAACCUCUAAGGAUGCAUUUACCUGAUUGUUUUCCCCCUUUGCCAUUGCGUUUUGUAUGUAGUUAUAAAUACUGUAGAUCUUUUGGGGUGACUUUUUUUUGGCCAAAGUUAUUGUUCUAUUUAUACAAUUUAAUGUCUUAAGACAGUUUUUUCAAUCACAUACACAGUCACACAUGAGAAUUACUGCAUAUUUUGCAAAACGAGCUCACUACCUUUAAGAUUGCACAUGCUUGCAAAAUGAAUUAAAGAAAAAAAGCUUUUUUAAAAAGAAGAAUUUUGUAAAAUAUCCAUAUAAAUAAUGUAUUUAUCUUUGGAAUUUGUACAUUGCUUUUUUCCCUGCAGCAUCCCAGUUUAUUUUAUUGUGUAUGUUGCUAUGUGAAAAGUGCUAAUUUGUUUGGUCAUUCACAGGUGUAUUAGCUGUUUAAAUGUGAUUUUAAUACAAUUCAUUUAUAGGGUUUUUUAGUAAUUGUUUUAAACCAUGCUUCCAUUUGGUUUAAUUUUCACUCAAAAGCCAUUGUCUAUUUUUGUAUUAUUUGUAGUUAAGAAGGUUUUUUCCCCCCAAUAUAUGGCAAAAGGUAGCAUAUUAUUCUUGUAGCAUUUAGUUAUGUAGGUUUAAAAAAGUAUCCUUUGCUUUUGAGGCUUAUAAAAAAAAUCUAAUGCUGUUUUACUCUAUUAAUAUGCAUGGAAUCUCUCCCCUUUGGAGUGACGCAUUUUUUUGUGCAUUAAAUAUGGGGAGAAACUUCAUAGAAAUCAAUGAAAAUACUUUCUUUCUUGUCUGCUUGUAUAUUUCUCUGUCUUUCACAUGAAUAUAAACCAGCAGAUUGGAUGCCUUAACAAUGCAAAUCAUAUUCAUUCACUUGUACAUUGUACUGCGCACCAGAACUGUCAAUCAUCACUACAUUCUAAGGAGAAAAAAAA